AUCAUACACAACAAUUUUUCAUUCUCCGUUUUCUUAUUCUUUUGGAUUUCAUUUCAUUUCUUUCUUUCAUACCUAUAAAUGGCACCGAUUGAGACCAUAUGCAAGAGCUUCACUCAUGAUCCACUCAAUUGGGGUGUGGCAGCCGAGUCCCUCAAGGGAAGCCAUCUAGAUGAGGUUAAACGUAUGGUGGAGGAGUACCGAAGGCCCCUUGUGAAGCUUGGUGGUGAAACCCUCACCAUUUCUCAAGUAGCUGCUAUUGCUACUCGGGAUAUUGAUGUUACUGUUGAGCUUUCUGAGUCUGCUAGAGCAGGUGUUAAAGCUAGUAGUGAUUGGGUUAUGGAGAGUAUGAAUAAAGGCACUGAUAGUUAUGGAGUUACUACUGGUUUUGGUGCUACCUCUCACAGGAGGACAAAACAAGGUGGGGCUCUUCAAAAGGAGCUUAUUCGAUUCUUGAAUGCUGGGAUCUUCGGAAAUGGUGUUGAGUCGAGUCAUACUUUGUCUCGUUCAGCUACAAGAGCAGCCAUGUUGGUGAGAAUCAACACUCUUCUUCAAGGUUACUCAGGUAUAAGAUUUGAGAUUUUGGAAGCCAUCACCAAACUCUUGAACCAUAACAUCACUCCAUGUUUGCCUCUUCGUGGCACAAUUACUGCUUCUGGCGAUCUUGUUCCACUUUCUUAUAUUGCUGGAUUGCUCACUGGCCGACCGAAUUCUAAAGCUGUUGGUCCAAAUGAAGAAAGCCUUGAUGCAAAUGAGGCUUUCCAACGAGCUGGUAUUCCUUCUGGAUUCUUUGAGUUGCAACCAAAGGAAGGUCUUGCUCUUGUCAAUGGUACUGCUGUUGGUUCUGGAUUGGCUUCUAUUGUUCUCUUUGAAGCAAAUAUUUUAGCUAUCUUAUCUGAAAUUUUGUCAGCUAUUUUUGCUGAAGUAAUGCAAGGAAAGCCUGAAUUUACUGACCAUUUAACCCAUAAAUUGAAGCAUCAUCCUGGACAGAUUGAAGCAGCCGCAAUCAUGGAACACAUUUUAGAUGGGAGUUCUUACAUGAAAACGGCUAAGAAGUUGCAUGAAAUGGAUCCUCUUCAAAAGCCCAAACAAGAUCGUUACGCUCUUAGAACUUCACCGCAAUGGUUGGGUCCAUUGAUUGAAGUUAUUAGGUUCUCAACAAAGUCUAUAGAGCGUGAGAUUAAUUCAGUCAACGACAACCCUUUGAUUGAUGUUUCAAGGAACAAGGCUUUGCAUGGAGGCAACUUCCAAGGAACUCCAAUUGGAGUCUCCAUGGACAACACUCGCUUGGCUAUUGCUUCAAUUGGAAAGCUCAUGUUUGCCCAAUUCUCAGAACUUGUCAAUGACUUCUACAACAAUGGUUUACCUUCUAAUCUUUCUGCAAGUAGAAACCCGAGCUUGGAUUAUGGGUUUAAAGGUGCUGAAAUUGCUAUGGCUUCAUAUUGCUCUGAACUUCAAUAUCUUGCAAAUCCAGUCACAAGUCAUGUCCAAAGUGCCGAACAACACAACCAAGACGUCAACUCUCUUGGCUUGAUUUCUUCAAGAAAAACAGCCGAAGCCAUCGAUAUUUUGAAACUCAUGUCUUCCACCUUUUUGGUUGCUCUUUGCCAAGCAAUUGACUUGAGGCAUUUGGAGGAAAAUCUCAAGAGCACUGUUAAAACUACUGUAAGCCAAGUAGCAAAGAAAGUUUUGACCACAACCUUCAACGGUGGACUUCACCCGUCGAGAUUUUGUGAGAAAGACUUAUUAAGGGUUGUUGACAGAGAGUAUACUUUUGCCUAUAUAGAUGAUCCAUGUAGUGCCAUUUACCCACUAAUGCAAAAGUUGAGGCAAGUUCUUGUUGAGCAUGCACUUGCAAAUGGUGAUGACGAAAAGAACACAAAUACUUCAAUCUUCCAAAAGAUUGCUACUUUUGAAGAGGAACUUAAGGUAGUUUUACCAAAGGCAGUUGAAAACACAAGGCUAGCAUAUGAGAAUGGAGAAGCACCCAUUAAGAACCAAAUUGAAGAAUGCAGAUCCUACCCUUUAUAUCAAUUUGUGAGAAAAGAGUUGGGGACAAAUCUACUAACAGGUGAAAAAGUGAUAUCUCCAGGAGAAGAAUGUGAAAAGGUAUUCACUGCUCUAUGUCAAGGAAAGAUGAUUGAUUCUAUCUUAGAAUGUUUGAAGGAGUGGAACGGAGCUCCAAUUCCCAUAUGUUAGAUCACCCUCAACUUGUCUACAGGAUCCGUAGCCUUUCAUGAUAACGAAAGGCUUUGCCUUGUGUGCUUUUCUUUUUUAAAAUGUUUUUUUUUCUAUCUGUCCCAUUUUAGUUAUAUUUAUAUAUCGAACAAAAAUACAAUUUAAUUGAUUACAUAAUUUGGAGAAUC